AACUACAAACUACAAAUAAAGCACAAAUUAUAAAGUUGAAAUAAAGUAAAUAAUAACAUACAUAUUAUGAUGUAUUUGAAUUUUUUGAUUUCUUAGAUGUGUUGCCCUAUAGCGCAGAAAAAUUGUUAUAUUUAAUAAACCGACAUACCUUAUAUAAUGUUGUAAUAAAAUAGUUUUUAAUAACGGGUCUUCUCAUUAAAAUUAAAGUCAUGGAAACCGACGCAACUUGCAUGCCUGAUGAUAUCGAAGCUUUUGUUUCUCCAUGUGAGGAACAUACAGAAUUAAAUAACGCCGAGACAAACCAAUCUGACUGUAAGAAUAUUCUUAAUCCACAAUCGGAAUAUGGUGAAAAUAACAUUACACAAGAAAAGUCUGCAAGUGUGGGUCCUGCUAGUACAUAUGUUGACCCCGAAGCUUUUAAAAUAGGAAAUGUAAAUAUAUAUGCCGAAGAUAUUGGACCAAAGUUGUAUCCAGUUAAAGGCAAUGUUGUUACACCACCUAUUAUAACAAAAAAACUUCCAGAGGCAUUUAAUUACCUCCCUAUAUAUGGACGACCACAAUCCAAAGCUGAUUUGGAAGAUUUUCAAAAUAAUAAAAUAAGGGAAUAUGUUGGAUGUGAUUUUAGUGAUGAAGACUUUGAUAAACUUGCCAAGUAUUGUAGCCCUGAACACCUUAAAACUGGCAAAGAAUUAACACUUCUGACAAAUGUUCCUGCAUAUGGCCUCCUUCCCAAGGAUAUGAAUAAAAAUAAAGAUGGGGACAUUCUUAAUAUAGUCAAGAAGUUUAAGUUACGGGUGGAAAGAGAUAGAAGAAAUCUGUACGUUAAGAAAUUAAAGUAUAGAGGGAUGAGGCUUCUGCCACUUUCACAAGAGGACCCUGAAGAUGUGCAAGUGUCAAAGGGGCCACAAUUGGAGCCGGGAAAAGACUUGUUGUUUCGAGUUCGCUUUUAUAGGCCGUUUUUAUGUGGCAAAGAAAGAAAUAACUCGCGGCACUCGGUGUUCAGCUGCGACGCGGUGAUGCCGGGCUGCGGCGCGCUGGCGGCGCUGCGCGAGCGCGUGGUGUGCGCCAACGACGCCACCGUGCGCCUCGACGUGGCCGCCGCGCCCCACCACCUGCCCGCCACCACCGCCCGGGACCUGUUUCCCUCUGGAUUCUUUUUCAUUAACAAUGUGUUCUACGUGGACGAAAGAAAGGGGUGCAUCGACUAUAGCGAGCCGAUACGGGAAUGGGCGAAGAAACGUGGGCUUGGCGAUUUCCCGAAGAAGGAUAUGAACAGCGUCAGGCUGGAUGAGUUGGUGCUGAAGCUGGGACACCCUGAGGUGUACGUGCACCAGGGCAACUGCGAGCACCUGUUCACGUUCUCGGAGGUGCGGCUGGCGGGCGCGCGCGACCCGCUGUUCUGCGGCCAGUACCCGCGCCACACGGCCGUGCUGCAGCACCAGACCGUCUACUGCACCACGUGCGCCGAGUUCGGCGCCAAGUGGGUCGUGGUGGGCUGCGCCCGGGUGCCCUUCGACCCCGCCUUCUUCUGCGAGACCUGCUUCAAGCUCUACCUGUACAAGGACGGACAGAAGAUCGGCGACUUCAAGGCCUACUCGUACAGGGGCAACGAGAUGAAUAUACUGAAACCUCUCGGUUGACACGUAUGAAGUUAUUCGGAGAUUGGAUAAUGUGAAAUAAAGUACUUUUAAGU